GAUAAACUUAAUGUACACAGUUCGUUAAACAAAAUCAAUACAAACAGAAAUAACACAUAACACGUGAAACAUGACAGACGGUACUUUUCUAGUUUGUAUCUCUGGACAAAUAGAAUGGAUUGACGUUUUGGCUUCUGCUGGAAGCUCAUGGCAUUGCAAAUGUGAUUUUUUCUCAGAUUUCAAAAAUUCCAGGUCCGGAUUGGAAGAUAAUUGGUGGAUUGGAAGCUGGACUUUCACAAAUUGCCAAUGUUCUCCAUAAUGGAGACAAAGUUGUAUUUAACUUCCCGAUUGAAAUUCAGUUCAAAUCUACUAAUCCUUAUGGUUGGCCUCAAAUAAUCCUUAGCGUCUACAAAGGCAUGCAACUUGCGGGAUAUGGAAGAGCCCACAUGCCGAUAAGCGUUGGCACUCAUGAAUUAGACGUAGCUCUGUCAAAACCCCAAUCGUCUUCAAUGUUAGGUUACAUCGCCUCGUUUUUUGGUUACCAACCAGAGCUUUUACAGCCGAAGAUGUUAGCUACAACCGCAGGCAACAGCUUAAUAAAAAUGGAGCACGUAGGCUACGCUAGAAUCUUCAUCAACAUGGUAACUCAAGCCUUUCAAAGUUUAGGAUACGAUGUAGGUAGCAACAGAGGAAAUUGAUGUAUUUUAAUAAUAAAAACACUAGAAGAA